UGGCCAUGAGAUGAGUUAGCCAGAAGUGGUUUAGGGAAGGUUCCCGAAAAUAAGAGAGGAAGCGUAAUGAGGGGGCUGACGGGACGACUGGAGGGUCCCUUCCUCUUCCACCAACACCCUCCCAGACCGUCCGUGUGCGCAGCAGGCACUGACUGCGUGUCCUGCAGGUGUCCGGCAGGUCUGGCGUUGUGCCGGGUGCAAGACCCCUGUUCUUCAGAGCCCUCGGGUGCAAUGGGAGAGAAAGCCUCGUGGCCGCCGCCUUCGGGCGUGCUGUAGGAAGCCUAGACCAGACCCCGGCUGGGGAAAGGAGACUUGGCAACGUGUUUCUGGGUUUCCUAGAAGAGCUGCCCUGGGAGCCAGCCGUCAGGAGGAGCUGGACAGGAAUGUUCCGCAGAAGAGUAUUUGCAGAGUGCUGGGGGCAAGGCAGAGCACAGCAUUUCAGCAGGACCGGAGGCCCGGCUUCCCAGCGUCCACUCCGUGACGGGUAGGGUCACUCUUGGUGAAGGCUGGCGCGAUGACCUCGGAAAUGAAACACUAGGGAGAGGGGGAUGGAGGAGACGGAAAGAAAGGAAUAUGCCUGGGGGAGUGUUGAGAAAGAAGGUGAAAUGCCCGAAGUCCGUGAGUAAGAGCGGCCAUUCCCGCCUCUUCCACUGGUCCUCAAUUCCUCGCCCGCCCGGGGACCUUCAACUACCUUCCGGUUUUCCCGCCACUCGGGCGACUCCGCCUCCCUGGCGCUUAUUGGCUAAAACCCCACCGACGCUAGGCCACGCCCCCUCCGUGACUUUGGCUUGCGUUUCCCCGCCUCCUCUUCUUCCUGCGCUUAGAGCUGCGCCCCCACCUGCCAGGCCACGCCCACGCCAGAGUCUUCCCAGGAGGCGGGCUUCGUUGGCCCCGCCCCCUCCGGAGGCGGCUCCCGCCAGGGGGCGCCGCGCAACCUGUCGGCAGCCGGCAGGCGACUCUGGCGCACACACCCCCUCCGCCCCGCGCGCCGGCAGCUCGGAGCCCGCACUCCGGGAGGGGCCGGGGUCCGGGAUGGCCGCGGCCGGGUCUACGAGUCCAAGCCUAUAAGCCAACGGGCAUCAUGGAGGCAGAGCAGCGGCCGACGACGGGGGCCGACGAACGGGCGACCCCUGGGCUGGAGGCGGCGCCUUCUGCUGCCCCCGCGCCUGCGGCCGCGGCCUCAGGACCGCUCUCCGGGCCCGCGUCGGGGCCCGAGCCCAAGCGGAGGCAGCUCGGGACGCUGCUCCAGCCCACGGUCAACAAGUUCUCCCUUCGCGUGUUUGGCAGCCACAAAGCAGUGGAAAUCGAGCAGGAGAGGGUCAAGUCAGCGGGGGCCUGGAUCAUCCACCCCUACAGCGACUUCCGGUUUUACUGGGACCUGACCAUGCUCCUGCUGAUGGUGGGGAACCUCAUUGUGCUGCCUGUGGGCAUCACCUUCUUCAAGGAGGAGAACUCCCCGCCUUGGAUCGUCUUCAACGUCCUCUCGGACACCUUCUUCCUGCUCGACCUGGUGCUCAACUUCCGCACGGGCAUCGUGGUUGAGGAGGGCGCUGAAAUCCUGCUGGCCCCGCGGGCCAUCCGGUCGCGCUACCUGCGCACCUGGUUCCUGGUCGACCUCAUCUCGUCCAUCCCGGUGGACUACAUCUUCCUGGUGGUGGAGCUGGAGCCGCGACUGGACGCCGAGGUCUACAAGACAGCGCGCGCCCUGCGCAUCGUUCGCUUCACCAAGAUCCUCAGCCUGCUGCGGCUGCUCCGCCUCUCCCGACUCAUCCGCUACAUCCACCAGUGGGAGGAGAUCUUUCACAUGACCUAUGACCUGGCCAGUGCCGUGGUGCGAAUUGGCAACCUCAUUGGAAUGAUGCUGCUGCUGUGCCACUGGGACGGCUGUCUGCAGUUCCUGGUCCCCAUGCUGCAGGACUUCCCUCCCGACUGCUGGGUCGCCAUCAACCACAUGGUGAACCACUCGUGGGGGCGCCAGUAUUCCCACGCCCUGUUCAAGGCCAUGAGCCACAUGCUGUGCAUCGGGUACGGGCAGCAGGCGCCUGUGGGCACGCCCGACGUCUGGCUCACCAUGCUCAGCAUGAUCGUGGGUGCCACAUGCUACGCCAUGUUCAUUGGCCACGCCACAGCGCUCAUCCAGUCCCUGGACUCUUCCCGACGUCAGUACCAGGAGAAGUACAAGCAGGUGGAGCAGUACAUGUCCUUCCACAAGCUGCCGGCCGACACCCGGCAGCGCAUCCACGAGUACUACGAGCACCGCUACCAGGGGAAGAUGUUCGACGAGGAGAGCAUCCUGGGGGAGCUGAGCGAGCCGCUUCGGGAGGAGAUCAUCAACUUCACGUGCCGGGGCUUGGUGGCCCACAUGCCGCUGUUUGCCCACGCUGACCCCAGCUUCGUCACGGCCGUGCUCACCAAGCUGCGCUUUGAGGUCUUCCAGCCGGGGGACCUCGUGGUGCGUGAGGGCUCCGUGGGCAGGAAGAUGUACUUCAUCCAGCAUGGGCUGCUCAGUGUGCUGGCGCGCGGCGCUCGGGACACCCGCCUCACUGACGGAUCCUACUUUGGGGAGAUCUGUCUGCUGACACGCGGCCGACGCACGGCCAGCGUCCGGGCAGACACCUACUGCCGCCUCUACUCGCUCAGCGUGGACCAUUUCAACGCGGUGCUGGAGGAGUUCCCCAUGAUGCGGCGGGCCUUCGAGACCGUGGCCAUGGAUCGGCUGCGCCGCAUCGGCAAGAAGAACUCCGUGCUGCAGCGGAAGCGUUCUGAGCCCAGUCCAGGGAGCAGCGGGGGUACCAUGGAGCAGCACUUGGUGCAACACGACAGGGACAUGGCCCGGGGUGUUCGGGGCCUAGCCCCAGGCACAGGAGCCCGGCUCAGCGGGAAGCCGGUGCUGUGGGAGCCACUGGUGCACGCACCCCUGCAGGCAGCCGCAGUGACCUCCAGUGUGGCCAUCGCCCUGACUCACCAGCGGGGCCCUCUGCCCCUCUCCCCUGACUCUCCAGCCGCCCUCCUUGCUCGCUCUGCUCGACGCUCUGCAGGUUCCCCAGCCUCCCCACUAGUGCCUGUCCGAGGUGGCCCUCUGCUGGCCCGGGGUCCGUGGGCCUCUACCUCCCGCCUGCCUGUCCCACCUGCCCGAACCCUCCAUGCCAGCCUGUCCCGGGCCGGACGAUCCCAGGUGUCCUUGCUGGGUCCCCCCCCAGGAGGAGGUGGACGGCGACUAGGACUUCGGGGCCGCCCACUCUCAGCCUCCCAACCCUCUCUGCCUCAACGAGCAGCCGGGGACGGCUCUCCUGUGCGCAAAGGCUCAGGAAGUGAACGCCUGUCCUCCUCAGGGCUCCUGGCCAAGCUUCCAGGGACAGCCCAGCCCCCCAGGCCAUCAGUGCCUGAGCCAGCUGCCCCUCGGGGCCCCCAGCUCUCUGCCAACAUGUGAAACCCCUGAAUGAGCUCUUGGGGGCAGCGGUGUAUACACAAGGGCAGACGCCUCUUGGGGAAGGCCAAGGAGACCUAAAACGUGGCCCUGUGGAAAUAUCUCCCUUUGCUACCAAGGAGAUGGUCUCUGUCCUCAGCUCAGGCCCCCUGCAGCCUGUCUGAGGUCCUCCUAACCCAUUCACCCACUCAUCAAGUGUACUGAGCGUCCGCCAUGCUCAAGAAUUGGUCUUCACUGCCAAGUACAAUGACUCUAAGGCCUCUGAGGAGGGUGUUCCCCGGGCAUGGUCCUGCCGGUGCAGGCUCAGGCCCAGGCCCCCAACUCACCAAGCACAACUCCUUGCCACCACCAUCACUGCCAAGCAACUACAAGUCUCUGUUUCCCCCCAGUGACCCUGCAGGUGCUGUCGGCUGCGUUUGUCCUCUGUGUCCCCAUCACAGCUGGGCACUGUCAACCCCCUGUGCCUCUGCUACUGUCAACAGACAUCUUGGCUCCCCAGUCUGGGCCUUUGCCUUCACUGCCAAGUGCGGGC